AAGUGAAGGGACAGACAUAAGCCAAGAAAGGAGCUGGAGAGCCCCAGGAGAGAGUGGUGCCUGACAGCUGUUAACAGAAGGCAUUUGGGGAACGUGAAAAAGAGGCUUGAAGAGUCUGGCACAGGAUUGGAAUCUACCCAAGUCCUGGUGGCACUGGCUGACCCUCUCUGUCCAUGUCCAAGCUCUGAGCAGCUCUGUCUCAUUGGCUCUGCGCCCAGGAUGUCCUACACUGAGACCCCACAGAAGCCCCAGCCCAUCGCAGUAGGAGCCACCACCAUCGCUUUGAGGCCCGCUGGUCAUCACAGAGGCUCCACAGGGGUGGAUUUGGAGUGCCUGGUAUGCCGGGAGCCCUACAACUAUGCCCGGUCACCCAAGCUGCUAAGCUGCCAGCACAGCUUCUGUGCUGUCUGUCUGAAGCUCCUGCUGUUUGUGCAGGAAGACACCUGGUCCAUCACCUGCCCGCUGUGCCGUAAGGUCACCGUGGUUCCCGGGGGCCUCAUCUGCAGCCUGCGUGACCAGGAGGCAGUGAUGGGACAGCUGGCUGGGCUGUGCCUGGAGGUGCAGCUCUGUCCCCAGGGGCUGGAGGGUUCUGCCACUUCGACAGUGGGGCAUCCAAGUUUGGCUGGAGAAGAUGAGCAGGAUGCAGUGACUGCCAACCAGGUGGCAGCUCGGCGCCUGGCCGUGCACCUGCUCCUGCUGGUCCUGCUCAUCAUCCUCAUCUUGCCCUUCGUCUACCCGGGUGUCAUUCGGUGGGUGCUGGCUCUUGUCAUCACGCUGGCCUUGCUGAUAUCCACCUUGUUCUGCUGUUACUCUCACAACCAAGACAGCUGCUGGCUCUGCCCCAGGACUCACUUCUGCAGAGAACAGAAACACAGUCAGAUCACUUCCAUCGCCUGAGAACCCUCAGACCCUGCGGCUCAGCCGCUCAGCCGCCUCUGGGCUUCUGGGGUCCCUGACUUUCACAGACCACAGGGUAAGGAGCAGUGAACUCAGCAUGACUCCUUUGAGACUUCAUGCCAGCUGAAUUUGCAUGCCAAAGCCAGAAUGGCCGCUUUGGGUCAAAAACUCUGUGCUUGGGCAGUGGGCUGGCACCUACCCUUGCUAUGGCACAGCCAAAUGUGAACGGUGUGGGGAGGAGGCACAGGUGACUUCAGUGCAACAAUGGGGGGUUUUCCAUUCCUCUUGUGAUGUCCUUGUUUUUUUCUGUAUACAACUUGAAAGUAUUGUAAUAUUGACCUUGCAGAAUAUAUAGAACUGACUUCUGUUUUGCAUUCGCUA